GUAAAUCUUUAGGAGUAGUUUCCUGUCUUGGGUGGUGGCUACAAAGUUUCUUACUCGACUUCAUUCCUGUGCGUGGGUUUGAUAGUACCGAGAAAAUAGUUUUAUACUUUAAAGUUGUGCUUAUUUUAGUCGAUAUAGUUAAUUUAACUCGAAUACUUUCGUGGUAAGCGAGAGUAAUAAUCUGAAGACUCAAUGCAGGCCAUCAAGUGUGUGGUCGUUGGGGACGGGGCUGUGGGUAAGACAUGCCUGUUGAUCAGCUACACUACCAAUGCAUUCCCCGGAGAAUAUAUCCCUACAGUAUUUGAUAAUUAUUCUGCAAAUGUGAUGGUGGAUGGGAAACCAGUAAAUCUGGGUCUCUGGGAUACAGCAGGACAGGAGGAUUACGACAGACUUCGUCCCCUGUCUUACCCUCAGACAGAUGUGUUUCUCAUUUGCUUCUCACUUGUGAGUCCUGCCUCUUUUGAGAAUGUUCGUGCAAAGUGGUAUCCAGAAGUGAGACAUCACUGUCCAAACACUCCCAUCAUACUGGUGGGCACAAAGCUUGAUCUGAGAGAUGACAAGGAUACGAUUGAGAAACUGAAAGAGAAGAAACUCACUCCCAUCACCUACCCUCAGGGCCUGGCCAUGGCCAAAGAGAUCGGUGCUGUUAAGUAUCUGGAGUGCUCGGCGCUCACUCAGCGUGGUUUAAAGACCGUUUUUGAUGAGGCUAUCCGAGCUGUGCUGUGUCCUCCACCGGUGAAGAAGAGGAAGAGGAAAUGUUCCCUGCUCUAGAGUUAAAACUAAACUAUGCUGUGAUCCAAACUGUAUUUUCGGGGGAGACGUUAACUGCUCCUCCAUUGUAACUACCAAUACAACUUUACACCUUCAUCAAUAUUUUUGAUAGAUGUAGUAAAAUGUAUUCCCAACCCAUCUACUUUAGGCAAAUACACUGUCAGACUACUUGUGGCCUUGGACUGAUUUUAACACUAAGAAUGUUAACAAUGUCUUGAAGUUGAUUCCUUUCACUAAAACAGUUGUUGGUUUACAGUUUUUGUUUGAAAGGGAUGAAGGUCUUGCCCAAUACCACUACAUAAGACAGGGCAGCGCUGUAUAAACACAUCAUUGAUGUCAUCUUAACUGGCACUGAUAAAGUGUUGCCUUUUGUCUUGAAGGUUAUACUGUAAUUUGAAGCGUAUUUAAUGUUCGGUGGGUAAAUCCUAACAAAUAUAUGAAUCCUAAAAUCAACUAAAAUAUAUUUCUAAUCAUGAUUCUUACAAUGGUCCAAGAUUUUUCUUAGCUAAAAUAAAGGACAAGUAAAGCAAGACACACAGUGUGUCAGAAUCUCCAUCCCAUUUCUGAAGCUCCUUCCUGCCAAGAUAUAGUCCUAGACUUACUGUAUCUGCUUAACACUAAGAUUGAGUUGUCUGAAAUAUCAAAUGGACAUUUUGUGUAAAUCAGAUGUUUUUUUUUAUUAAUCCUGCAGUGGUUGUUGGGCAUGUACACUACACACUAUAGUUUUAUCACUUUUUUCUUGUUAAAAGCAAAAUUUUUUAGAAGACUGUCGGAGCAAACACUACAGGACUGUGUUCAUGUGAAGUUUAUCUUCUCUUCAUAUACUUUAUUUUUAUGAUAGUUUUUAAUUGCAUUUCACUUGUGUACUAAUAUUGUGUAACUGUCAGAUGUCUUUUAUCUCCUGUAAGCAGUUGUGUAGCUGUUUCAACAGUGUGCACAAACAAUUGUUAUAUUAAACACGUCUUAUACAAACUCACUUAAACCAGUGUCCUAAUGCAUGAUGUGCAUUACUCACCUGAUCAACUGGGUUUUAUCUGCACAAUUCUAGUCAGUUUGUAACCCUGUUUUUAGGGUAAUCAUAAUGUCACCUGUUUUACAGAGAUAAUAAAGUUUCAACACAGUUUAAACUUUUA